UCAGUGCGUAUGCGUUGCACAUGGCGCGUUGCCGCGAGCAGUUUCAGUUGUCGAGAAGUUUCCGAAUUGCUGCUUAUUAUUCGCGCUGGGCGCCCAGUGUGCGUAGCAAGAUGUAGGCCUUCUCGGCGCAUUGUUUGUUUUGCGACCGCGACGAGCGUGAACGUGCCCUUUAAGUGCCGUGCUCGCUGGCCGAACGGUGGCUGCUCGUUCGUUCUAUGGGCUUUCUCUGUUCGUUUAGGAUCGUGCGCUUCGCUUUGUAUACGUCGUGGACGGGUUGCGGCAAAGCGCGCGCUUUUUUCUCCGCUCGUGCCGUGAGAGAUGGAUGACGAUCGAAGGAUGGAUCACAAAGGCGCCGUAAAGCACGGCACUCACGACGACGACGGCUCGAAUCGCAGGAUGUUCGCGCUGCGGCUGGUGACGCUGGACCACUACCUGGCUGCACCGUCGGCCCCCCUGGACCCGCUCGUCUCCAAGCUGGGCGGCUGGGAAGUUUGGCAGGUGCCCGUGCUGAGGAUCUUCGGUGUGACGCCGGCAGGCCAGAAAGCAUGUCUGCACGUUCACGGGGCCCUGCCGUACUUGACAGUGCCAUGCACGGAGUCACGGCCCGAGCGCUUUGCCGUCGUGCUUGCCUCCGAGAUCGACCUGCUGCUCAACACGGCUGCUGGACGGGCCACCAGCAUGCACCGGCAUGUCCACCACGUGGCCGUCUUUCGUGGGACGCGCCUGUACGGGUUCCAUGACAGAGAGGAGACCUUUCUGCGAAUCUACCUCUACAACCCGAAUCACGUGCCCAAAGUCGCAGAGCUGUUGCUGUCGGGGCACGUGCUGAAACAGACGAUGCAACCACAUGAGGCCCACAUUCCCUAUGCCUUGCAGUUCAUGGUGGACCACAACCUUCACGGCAUGAGCUUCGUGCGCGUGGAGUCGUUCAAGUUCCGGCGGCCUCUGAGCUGGGCGCACGACGACAGAAGCAAGGCCCUGGGCAAUGGACCUGGCAUCUGGAGCCUGCGAAACCUUCCUGUGGAGCUGUUUGGAGAUUUGGAGAAGCAGACGACGUGUGAGCUGGAGCUGGACUGCUGUGCGAAGGACAUACUCAACGCCAAUGAGAAAGAGGUGCUCAAUCCAGGACUGGCAGCUCUGUGGCAAGAAGAAGAAGAGCGUCGGCAGGAGCCAGUCUCUUGGGCGCCCCUUUCGCUAGAGGACGACAGCUUCCCCCCAACGGAGAGUGAGCGGUUCUAUCUGGCCAGGCUUGACAAGCUGCUGACCAGGCCAGUCACGGAAGAGCAGGACCAAACGGGUAGGUGGGCAUGUCGAUGGUCUGUGGAGAUGGUUGCUUCUCUUUCUCACCCAUUCUCUUGGCCUCAGGCAUCGCCAAGCAGUCCAGGAAGAAGCACCAUUCCCGACUGCUAGAUACUUCCCACGGGAUCCUGGACAGUCAGGAUGAGGCACUGGCUGAGGCACUGGCCCAGGCAGCAUCAAGCUGGCACCAGAGUGCUGGGGAGGAGGACAGCAUCUUGGGGAGCCUGCCGGCGCCUGACAAUGUAGUCGACGAUGAGGAUGACAACGAUGUCGAGGACAUGUCACAGGU